AUACACAUACGGAACACACAGUCUUAACUGACCAAUCAGAGAACGGCUGAGAAUGGAAACCCGUCGGUCGCUAGCCAGCAGUAGGAAAAUAAACCCGGCCGAGUUCAGAAAAUACGAGCCUUGCCCUUGAGUUUGAGGCGCGCUGCAAAGAUCUUUGAUGCAGUCUUCCAAUAAUCUAAAACGUCUGUGCACUGUGUGAUAUCAAAGAUGGGCAGAAACAAUGCAUCCAAAUCUAAGAAAAAGGAUAAGACGAAGGUAAAGCUCUCUGAUGAAAAGCCCCAAGACUCGGACUCGGAGACAAAGAAAAUAACUUCACAUCUACCAAAGAAAGGUGAUGGAGAUGCUGCUUCCUUAAAAGAGGAGCAGAAACAGAAGUUGAGCAGGACAAAGAAGUCUCAGAAAAACAAAGCUACAUGUAGUGAUAGUGUAAACGAAACAGAGGCUUCCAAGACGUAUAGCAAGGAAAAUGUUCCAAGCCCGAAAAAGAACACAAGGAAAAGGGAAUCUCCGAGGUUUUUACCAAGUCCACUGGCUAAGAUAGUUCCUAUAUUUGGGAAGAAAAGGCAUGCUGUGCAAGCAAGCCUUAGUCAGGAAGAUGAAAGACAGGAGAGUCCUGCAAACACAAGUGAUUCACAGACUGGAGCAGAGGGUGGGAUAGAAUCUAUAUCUUUGGUUGUUACUGUCAAGGAAAAGGGGGAGAUUGUUUCAAAGAUCUGUUCGAGAUCAGAUGAAGAGCUUAGAGAAAGUCAACGUCUCGUGACAGAUACCAAAGUUGAUUUUCACAUCGUGAGCCAUGAAACAUCUGGUGAAAGUGAGAAGGAUGUUUCAAAGGGGUCAGCUGAUGAGCCAAAAUCUGUGCCUUUUAUAGACGAGAUUCAAUCAAUAUCUGAUGCCUUGAUAGAUGAAAAUAAGGACCAUGAUAAUGAAGAGGACCAUGAUAAAGAAUCUGAAAUAGAUGAUUAUGUGAUCCAAGAUGAAGCUAACUUUGAGAGAGAUGCUGAGGAAGAGAAUGUAAAGGAUCCUUUAAAGGUGAUUAACAAAGAAGAAGUGAUAGUUGCAGUGUGUCAGGCUGCUUCAGAAGAGAUCAGAGUAGUUGGUCAGUCAGGGUCCAAUGAAGAUUACCGUGAACACAAUGCCUAUGAUGACAGUCAAGAAUCAGAUGGUAGAGGAAUGUUGAGAGACGUAGCAGAGGAUGGCUACCCAGUCAAAGCCAAGAAAGCUGGCACAGAACAUGGACCCAUUAUUUCAGAUGAUGUGAAAUGUUCCAGCAUAGAUGAAAUAAAGAUUCAUUCAGACUCGGUAAAUAUUGAUGGUAACCAAGAUGUGGAUAAAGAACAAAAGUGGAUAAAUUCACCUGGUAACACGGUAUUUGUGGAUAUUUGUACAGUUACUGGGGCAAAUGUGCCUGUUUGCAUAGAUAAUGAGGUCUCUAAAUACAGUCCUGUUAAGGACCCUAAAUGUGAGGUUAAUGAUUCAGUCAAAGGACAACAAGUUUCAAGUGAUAGAAAAGAUGGGGAACAUGUGAACAUAGAGGGCAAGGAAGAUGUUCAUGAUCACAUGCCAGAAGGAAAAGACAUUAGUCGGGCAAAACCUGACAUUAGAGCAAUGUCAGAUGGUAACUCUAGAUCUUGUUCAGGUAUUACUUCAAAUCCUCAACAUAACUCUACCCACAGUGAAAUGCCUCAAGAAUUGCGUACAAGAGCUGAUGUAAUGGAAGUGGGAGUAGAAAGAGUAGGCAAUGUGAACAUUGUAGAGAUAUCUGGAGAAGGAACUGGUGACCUGCUAAUGUACAAUCCUAAUUCCAACCUACAGUGUACAUCUACUGAAGAUAUGAAUGCACCAAGAUGGGAUAGUACACCGGUCUCUUCAAAUAAUCAUCAGUCUUGCAAUGAUAGACUUCCACAAGCAAAUGGCAAUAUUGAUGGUGAAAUCGAUGGGUGCUCAGAUCCACUGUGUGGGUCUACCCAGCUAUUUGAAGUUCCUCUUGAAACCCAUCCAUCCAGUUCUCAAGGUGACAAUGUAAUGAAGAUCUGUGGUAGUGAUGAUGAAGAGAAACCAAAAGAAUCUGACAACUUUUCAGGAUUGCAAGGGAAAGGAGAUAAAAAAGGGAAACUUAAUGAAGACUAUGGAACAGAUGAUAGGACAACUAUCCCAUCAUUCAACUUAGAUGUACCACAGUUAUCGUGCAAGAAGAUCACAGUAGGGCAGAAUUUUCUGGAACAAGACCCUCUAGAUGAUGACAUGAUAGACUUGACUGAUUCUCAGAUGAUAGAGCUUGACCAACAGUGCAGUAUGGUCAACCCAUUGACCAAACCAUUGACAGGUUGUGCAGCUACCCCAAAGAUGGGGACUGAAAAACUUCAAAGCAAGGUUGAGGACAAGGUUUAUGUCAGUGUAGGUGUGCAGACACUAAAUACCUGUACUGAGAAGUCAGAGUCUACCACUGUAGUACAGUCAAUGAUCAGAGAUCUCCGACAACUUAACGCUACUGUGUUAGACCUCAAGAGACAGAUGGAUGGUUUCCGUAGACAGAGAUCCCAAUGUUCAUCAUCAUCAAGCUAUUCACAACAACACUGGAAUGAGUAUGGUAGAACAAGAGGAAAGCCAUUUUAUCAACAGUAGCAGGCAGAAGCAAAGUGAAACGGUGUGCAGGAGGACUGAUUGGUUGAGAGUUUUGGAGAUACUAGGGAAAUUAGCAUUUACUCCAGGGAAACUGUACAAUCGAUUGCCUUUAAAAUGCAAUUUAAAUCACAGAGGACAGCAGAGGCCUUUGUCGAAAGUUGGACUGGGACAGCAGAUCAUCCAAAGAUUUGGACCGGACGUACAAUUGCAAUUAUGUCGUUGUCCAGAGUCAAGAGAUUCCGAUGCUCUCCCGGUCCACCAACUUUCGACAAAAGACUCCCAGCUCUCCAUUGUGAUUAGACUUGCAUUUUCAAAGAAAUUGGUGCAUUGCCGAUUUUCCCCCAUAGUAAAUGCAAAAAGGAUUUUUUUUUUUUGGGGGGGGGGCACAAAAAAAAAAUCAAUUAAAAAAAAAAUGGUUAUUACCAUACACAGAGUGUUUUGGGGCAAAUGUUUGGACAUGCAAUUUGUUUGUUUUUUCCCCUAAAAACUUGGGGAACAUGACCCAAUUGCACCCCCCCCCCCCUGGUCUGAACCAAAUUUGGAUUGACUUUUGAUUAUUGUUACCUUUUAUUUACACUUGGAUGGCAAAGUUGCCAUAAUGGUAACUUUUAUGCUCCAUACCAAGAUUAUUGCAAAGUGUGUUAGUUACCGUAACCCUAAUAUUCCGGGGGGGGGGGGGGGUGGCAUAAUGGCUCCUUCCCGGUAAUAACAAGCUUUGAAAUACCUUGGGAUCAAGUAUAAGGGUGAAGUCUUCUAAAGCCCAGCACACACCCUACGAUCAGUUAAUGAUCAACAUUUGAUAUAAAAUUCUAACCUGCAUGUAUUAAUUCUUGAUGAUCAAAGUUCCGAAAGUAGUGUGAAUACUAAAAUAAAAUUCUAGUCUAUUCCAAGCCUCCCUGUAGGAGUAAAGUGAAUUUAAUUCCAUAUCAUAGUGAUGUCAUAGCAAUUUCACCAUUUUCUAUGAUUUGAAGCUUAUUUGACCUACCAUAUGGUAAGGCUUGCAAUUAAGCAGAAUUUUUAUGUUAGCAUUGAUAGUAUAACAAAUAAGAUAUUUUGAUUGAACUUUAAUGCUUAAAUUGAUAUUUAUUGCAAAAUGUGAUUUGUUAAAUAAAUUGGGUUGCAGUUGGAUUGUAGUGUGCGAUGGGCUUAAGUCAAAUUUCCCCUAUGUAGUCCCAAGAAAAUCGGCAUAAGCAGGCUAACCUCUAUUUGGCUUAACCUUAUAGUGUAGUCCCACAAACUACUGUGACAUCAUGGCUUUCAUGCGAGCUUUGAGUCGACAUUUCACUCAGGCAAGAAAGUGAACAAAUUCUACUUCAUAAAGAAUUUACAUAUCUAGUUUUGAAUACUUCUCCAGCCAAAAGAAAAAGAAAUUUUAAAACAGCUUGAUGUUGUACAAGUACUCAGCAUUUAGUAUUUGGUGCAUUAAAAAAAAAACUGACAUGCUGAUAUGUAAAAAAUGCAACCGUUAAUAUACACAAAUGUUUCAGUAUUUUUUUCACUGUGUGCACAAAUGUUCAAGUUCAAUUUCAUGUCUAACAUGUCUUUUAUUCACAUUCCAAUAAGUGUGUAAAGUAUUAAAUGUAUUUGGUAAAUAGUUAUUUCAUGUUGGAGAGUUUCUUCUUUACUAAGGAUUGUUAAAGUAAUUUUCUUUAACAAUGUGAAAGUAAUAUUUCAUAAUACAAUACCAGUACAGACUAUUCUCAAGCAAAACUUUCGAUACACACUGCUUUUUAUUCUGUCAAUGUCAACAGUUGUUUUGUUGUGUUUUGCUUUUGAAAAAAAAAAAAAGAAAUAUGAAACUUGAUUCUAUUCUUCAUUAUACGGCAUUGAUCAAUGCUCUUUUAAAUAAAGCAAAUUAUAUAAAUGAAGUGAAUUUUAUCAUCUAUGUACUUUAUUUACUUUUCAUGAAAUAAAAUGCCAUUCUAUUGUUACAGUUG